AUGGCAGCAGGACCUAGACGACAACGUGUGAGUUUGGAAAAUACAGAGUGCUUGAUAAGAGCAUUCAAUGAUCCAGCCCAAGAUUAUCUUUCUGUUGCUGAUACCAUCGGCGUUAACCGCUCGACAGCGAGAGGGAUAGUCAGACGACAUUUGCAUGAAGGACAGAUAGCUGAAAGACCACGAGGCGGCCCCAACCACAGGAAAGUUGGUGAUGAAAUGAAGCAAUGCAUUGAAGAAAUUCUGAACGAGAACCCUGUUCUCACUCUUCGUGGCAUAAACCGAUUGAUUCAGGAAAGAUUGCCUGAUAAGCCCCGAAUGCAUUCACGGACAUUUGGUAAGGUAUUGAAUGGUAUGCUAUACACAUUCAAACUUGUUCGGCGAUGCCCUGCAGAAAGAAACAGACCUGACGUUAUCCAAAGCAGACGCGAUUAUGCAGCGUGGUUUUUGGGAGAAGCGAUCCAGAGGCAAAUCGUGUUUAUUGACGAAUGCGGUUUUAAUGUCUGGACGGCGAGGAGUCAAGGCAGAGCCCUUCGAGGAGAUAGAGCAUAUCGCCAAGUGUCAGGACAAAAAGGACGCAACAUGAGCAUUAUUCUUGCAGUGUCUUCCACAUUUGGCCUUGUGCAUCACUCAAUGCACACAGGAGGCACAAACAGAGAUCGGUUUCAGGUAUUUCUAGAUGAAUGUGCUCAAAAUGUGGCGGGUAACGAGACGGUUUUUAUUUAUGACGGUGCACCAGCUCAUCGGGGAGCUGUAUUAAGUUCUGCUGAAGAAAUCUCGCUACGGAUGCUGCCACCAUAUUCCCCUUUUCUCAACAUCGUCGAGAAUGCCAUAAGUGCGUUGAAAGCCGCAAUCAAAAACGGUAUUUCACGACCUGAAAUCCAAUUGGAGAUGAAUAACAGAGUCAUGGCGCGUCAAGAACGUAUUCGGUUAGGGGAAUACAGGAAAAGAGAUUUGGUAGCUGCUGCUGAACGGCACAUGGACACAAUAACGAUCAGAAAAUGCAAUGCGUGGUUCAGGCACAUGCAAACUUACUUACCUUGA